UUAUCCGUUUCAAAAUUAGUGAAUUCACACAAUUUGUACUGUUCUUAAGUCUUUUCCAAGUCUCAUUUUCUUCUAAACAUAAAAUGGCUCUAAUCAACGGAAAAUACGCCCACGAAAGCAACGAAAAUUUCGAAGCUUACAUUAUGGCUUUAUCUCCCGAGAUGACACCAGAAUUAGCUAAAAAAUACGCCGGCUCAAAAUCAACUUUGGAAAUUUCCGUAACCGGCGAUCAAUGCACCAUUUCUAGCAGUUCCGGAAGAAAGGAAACUUUCACUUUCGGACAGAGCUUCAAGGACGAUUUAUUCCCCGGCCAAGAAAUCCAAAGUACGGCCACUUUAAACGGAAAUAAAGUCGAAGUAAAAUCGAGUAGCUCAACCGGAAUUUCUGGAAGUCGUGUUUAUGAAUUUUCCGAUUCUGGACUCGUUGUUACUUACACUUCAGCUAAUGCGACAGCUAAACGCAUCUACAAGAGAGUAUGAACUGUUUAAAGAUUUAAACUGUAAAAAAAAUAAUUAUGUUGUUUUAAUAAAUUUGAUUCAAACAUAAA